AAAAGUAUGUUAGGCUUUAGAUGGCUUACGUCACGACAUUCUCAAAGUGAAAAUACGAUAAAUAUAAGUACAUACUUCUUACUUGUCAAAUCGGUCUAUAAUGGCUGGAAUUAAAGGUUAUUCGGCAUAUAUAUUUAAUUGCAUAAAUACAUAAGCUUUUAUCAUAAAAUUAAAAAAUAUGAUAUUGCCGAUGGAAGUUUAAUGAAAAAGCUGAAUUAAAAAUGAUACGUCUAAACAUAACCUUACUACUGUUAUUGUCAUUGCUGUCAAAUUUUUAUAUGUAACUAACGCAUGUUUAUUAAUUUAUUUUAUAAACAUAUAUAUAUACAUACUAUUUUAUUUUUAUAUAAUACAAGUUUACUGUAUUUCAUUUUACUAACUAUAUUUUCUUAUUAUAAUCAUUUUUAAAUAUUCUAAACAUUUUUGUGUGGUCAGAUUUAUUAAUUAAUAUUUGUUUUGUAUGUUAAACAUUUAUGAAACAGAUGUAAGUCUUUUAAAUGUUUACAUACAAAUUUUUAGAGGUAUAAAAUGUAUUAUUUCAAAUUAUAAAUUAUAUUCAUAAAAUGAAGAAACCAAAAAGAUUCAUUAGUAUAAAUUAUAUAGGUUCUUUUGUUUUUCACAUUUUAUGUUUAUAUGUAUAUCUUGCAUGAAUUAUUUUAUAAUUAGAUCAUUAAUCAUAUUAUUUCAAAUCAUAAAAUAUGAUAUAGUUUUUCAUUGGACAAAUUUGACAACUAUGAUAACUUAUAAAAGUUACAUAUCUUUUUUAUAUAUAAUAAUUUAUAUAAAUUUCCCUUGGUUUGUUCCAUGCUAAUAAUGGCCUUCACUAUUAAACAGCAUUAGUACUUUUGGCAUUUGGUGGCUCUAUUGGUAUGACAUUUGUUAUACUAGGUUGUGCUUUACCUGUAUAUAAAGUAUGGUGGCCACUUUUUGUCAUACUAUUUUACAUAUUAGCACCAAUUCCAACUAUAAUUGCACGUCGUUAUACAAAUGAUUUUGACAAUAAUCCUAAUCCAUGUUUGGAGUUAGCAGUAUUCAUUACUACAGGUUUCGUUGUAUCAUCAUUUGCUCUUCCUAUUGUCUUAGCUCGGUCUCCAAUCGAUGAACCAGUGAUACAAUGGGGCGCUUGUUACUUGACUUUAUCAGGUAAUAUUAUUAUAUAUCUAACUCUAGUCGGACUUUUUGCAACCUUUGAUCAGGAUGGUGUUGGAUAUAACACAUGUUGAAAUGGUGUACUUCAUUGUACUUAUUUAUUAAUUUUACAUGGUUUUUGCAAGAUAAAAAGAAGAAUGCAAAUCAUAUAUUGCACUGACUGACAGUCAUGUGUUGAUUCUAAGUCAUUGCAACAUUUAUAGUAUAUUACUUACAUGAUACAUACAUAUAUAUAUAUAUAUAUAGAUAUAUAUAUAUAGAUAUUAAUACUAUAACAAAGAGUAUUACAAUAACCAAUACUAAAGUUAAUGAUUUAUUUUGAUAUUUUUAUGCAGUAUCCAAAAUUUUAGAUUUGAAAAAAUAAAAAUUUUUAUAAAUCUCUUUGGAUAAAAUUAAAAAACACAACUAUGCUAAAACAUGUAAAAUUUAAUAUUUAUAUUUAUUGAGUUUAAGUUCUUGAAAGCAAUAUUAAUAAACAAUUUUUUACAUUA